GUGUCAACUUCCUUGAUGACGAGAAGACGACAUGGACAGCAACGUGAAUGUACUCAUGUCCUGCAUCCUAUGGAUUUUACAAUAUUCAGGUGCGUGUACGAAAGGAUGCCACGUCACCAGGAUAGAAGAGACAAGUCGUGUCACGUGUUCAGGAUACCGUCUAAAGACUGUGCCCCAACAUUUGCCAGUCAACACGACUGCGUUGAACCUACGGAAUAAUGACAUUAAUACAUUACCGGGUAAAUCGUUUAGCAAUCUUCAUGCUUUAAAAGCACUUACACUUUCCAUGAACAAAUUGUCCAUUAUUUCGACCAAUGCAUUUUACGGGCUUCGUAAUUUAGAGUAUCUGGAUUUAUCUGAAAACAAUCUCGAUGUUUAUUCAUUCGACACUACAACUUUUCAUAUCUUGGAAAAACUUAAAUAUUUAAACAUUCAACGAAAUCGUUUCCACUUGACGAAACUAUAUCCGCAAUAUGCAGUUUCUCACAUGUCACAACUGGAGACUCUUAUUAUAGAUGUUUUUGAAGGAUUCCGAUUCGGAAGUGGAUUUUUGAAUUUAACCAAACUGCAUAAAAUAGAAUUUAAUAAUGUUAGUGAAGAACGGGUGUCAUUUCAAAAUUCAUCUUUUCUCGGACUUAAGAACUCAAAUAUCUCGUGUUUAGAUAUCUCUGUGCGGAUGAAAAAAAUUGAGAUCGAUUGCUUGUCUCCGUUUAGCAGACUAUCAUCGCUUAGUUUGAGUUCAAAACGAACCAUACCAAUAAACGUUCUUCUGCGAGCACUUAACGGAUUGCGGGGAAGAAUAAUGGAAUCGAUAACACUGCAUACAAACGAUGUUAGGUUUAACGGAAUGAUCCAUUUGACGGACUCGGAUUUUUCCUACCUGGGUACUAUCUGUAUAAAAAAGCUUAAUUUAACUCGAAAUUCUAUAGGAACAAUAUCAGUGGCGUCGAUUGUGUCGUGGACUAAAAGACCGUGCCUGGAGAUGUUAGACUUAUCAAGAAACAUAAUUCAUUCUCCUGUAAUUUUAGUACUUAUCAAUUUAUUUCCAUCUAUUACGUAUGUGGAUAUAUCAUACAUGGGUGAGAGACAGAUGAGGAAACGUGACAUUCCGUUUAAACGACAAACUGUCUUUUUCAUACCAAGAAAGCUUCGUUAUCUUAACGUGUCGCAUUGUCCCAUAGACGGAGCUCUGAUGAAUUUUUCAAUAUCUACUAAAAAUAAUCUACAUGUUCUCGACCUAGGUAACCCUACCCGAACUCCGCGGUGUUCCUACGGAUUCUUCACAGGGCUGAUACACCUCACGGAAUUGGACAUAUCAGGCUUUGAAUGUUCAACGCCAUAUCUUGAAACACUCACAGAAAUGCAUAACUUGACACGUUUUGGGGCCAGUCACUGUAGCCUUGGUGACAGUUUUACUGCAAAUACUACUUUAUUCAAAGGAUUGUACAAUUUGACAUCUGUUGAUAUUUCGUCAAAUAAUAUAAAGACACUUAACAUUCAGUUAUUUGAGGAUCAAAAGGAUUCCCUUCAUACCCUAGUCCUAGCCCAGAAUAACAUGGAAAGACUUCCGACUGGAUUACUUCAAAGCCUCAGUGUGUUGGAAAGACUUGACAUGAGGAAAAAUCUCAUAACCACACUGACAAUAUCAGAAUAUGUUGCUCUUGAUGAAAUGCAAAGGAGAACAGAACGAUUCAGGAUUAAUCUUUCCGAAAAUCCUCUAGUUUGCAGCUGUCACAAUGUGGAUUUCAUUUCGUGGAUAGAAACUACACGGGCUAUUUAUAACAAGGAGGAACUUGUUUGUUCGGUUCCAGGAGGAAAGCAAAUGAAGAUUGAAGAAUUCCUUGAAAUGUUUGAUCAAUUUCAGGAAAAUUGUGUCUCCCAAUUCUGGUUGAUCGUCUCCGUUACACUUUGUGUUCUUUUGAUUGUGUUAGGUAUUGCAUCUCGGGAAUCAUGGCGGCGCAGUGUUUGGCUGCGAGUGAGGUGCCGAGAGCCAUCCGCAUAUAAUAAAUAUCCUUACGACAUUUUUAUAUCGUACAGUGACGAAGAUUCUUGCUGGGUAGCAAACACAUUUGCCCAAUGGCUAAAUGAAAAGGGAAUCCAAUACUGCUUAGAUGAGAAAAGCUUUAAUCCAGGGUGUGACAUAGCUGAUAACAUUAUGGACGCCAUAGAUAGUUCGCGUCGAACUGUUUUCGUUGUAAGCAGUACAUAUUUAGAACACGAGUGGACGAUGUUUACGAUGAAAUUAGCCAGUGUUUAUUCAUUUCGCGAAGGUCGAGAGAACAUGAAUAUUGUGAUUCUGUUAAACGAUAUAAAACGGAGUGAAUUUCCCAAGCUCAUGCGGAAGAACUGGAAUACCAUUCGUCCUUUGCAUUGGCCACGCAAAAACACAACAGAUCCAGAAAAAGAUAUCGCCGCAGAGCAGGUGUUUUGGAAAAGAUUGUUAAAACGCAUCCAACGAGAAAAUAACAUCGUUGUAUCGUCAGAUGUUUCAAAGUACACCGCAUAAUAUCGAUCUUACCACGUCGACAACAAAAACUGCAGAAUACCUGGCACACAGUUUGUAAGGGUACAUUUCAAAUAGUUGAUUGGUUUAUUGAAGAAAUGAUUACAGUAUAUGUCUGGGAUCAUGUAUCUGUGAGAGAAUGAAAUAAAAUAAUUAAACCACACAAUGAAGUAUUAAGGAAGAACAUUCAAGAUUCAACACAUCUGAAAUAUUUUCAUCAAAGACAUCUAACUGCUAUGUAUUUGGGAUUAUACGUUAAGGAAUGAUGCGAAAGAAAUUUUGUGAAGAAAACUCAAAUUUUUAACUGCCCUCAGCUUGAAAGUGUCAAAAAGUCAAAGGAAUGAAUUAAUGCCGGAAAUGUGUAUCUCAGUAAAGUGUUUUGAUAUACAUGCAUCUAUAUCAAUUCCAGGGGGAAGUUCAGAAGAUAAUUAACAGCAUCAAGAAGAGGUGUAGGAAGGAACUCAAACCCAUACCCGCCAUCUACGACGAAGAAGUAUCCAAACAGACCCAGGACUGGGCAGCUGACAGACCACUACUUGAGCCGAUUCCCACCUACGCAACCUGUAAGACAACCGUUUGACGCAACUGAAAACCCUUCUACACAACGGCGACAUCGAUUACAUCAACUAUGGCGACCGAGCAACAUAUUUAUUACAAAACAUACUACAUAUAUGUAGCAACGUAUAGUUCUGUAAACAAUGUAUCAUCCUUAAUAUAAAUUCAUCUUUUGUUAUACAGUACAAAUAUUAUACAAAGAAAGUAAACUAUUGGUUUAUUUAUGAUAUAAAUAAUGCUCAUUUGUAAUGUAUGUAUGAAUGUAUGUGUGCUUAUUAUAUUGUAUUUUGAAGAUAACAGUGCAUAUUAGUUAUCCAUUGUACAAAUAUAAUAUCAUCAGUAAAAAGUACAUGUAUAUUUGCUGAAUAGACGUAGUAUACAUGUUUAUGUAUUGUUGGUAUGGUAGUAUUUUCAUAUUUAAUUGGUUAAAGUUAUAUUCAAAUCUGUAUUAUAACAUAUAGGGUACCUAUAUUGCAUUAGUAGUAAAUAUGUGUAUGAAUGUCCAUAUACAGGUAAACUAGGUCAGUGAGGCGCCAUAUCUGAACUAUUGUCCAUAGUGCUAGAAGUGUUAGAAAUGAACCUACACGUGUUAGCAAUACUGUUUUCUAUGAAUACAGGUAUUAAAUAUAUAUAUAUGUUAUGUGUUAUGUUGCUAGUACAAUACUAAUGAAUAUAAGUUAUCAGUAUGAAUGUUUGGUGAGGAAUUGUCAAGUGCUUUGUUGUGUGUAUUUUGAAGCUCUCCAUGUUGGAAUGAGAUCGUUCCUUGUACCAAUCAAGACACUGCAAACCACCACGGCUUCGGCAACAGGACCGGUUAUGGACCAAGGUUAGCCACAGGAAGUGUGUCGGUAAUCACGGGCGGGUCAUGGUAUCCAAAGGCCUAGGGAUCGACACUGCAGACAUUCUAGUUGGAUUGUCUUUGAGUAACUAGCUAGAAACCUUGGCUGGUAUCCAUUUAGUGAGGAAGACUUUUGUGUCAGUCACCCUAGAUGAGACGCGCGCGGGAGAACGCUGUGCUCCGGGUUCAGCUUCAAUGCAUUGAUUCUUGAUCAUGAGGAGAACUUAUACUGUGAACUGUGACGUGCUGUGCUGAACUUUAAUACAUCUUUAACUUUUUAAAGUGUAUAAUAUGUUUGACAUAUAUAUUCACGUAUAUAUGAUUAUGUCAAUGAAAUUUAAUAUAUAAUUUCACAUCUCAAGGUAUAACAUUAAAUUGAUAUUUUUGUAGUUCAAAUACCUACCUACCUGUAUUUACCGGUAUUACCUGGAUUUUGCAAUAAAUGAAUGAGAGAGAUAGUGACUUUCUCAGUUUACUAAAUAAUUAGAUCCCUGGGUAAACAAAUCCUGUUUCUCCCAAAAAUGUUUUACCUGGAUUUUCAGUUUUGGGAAAAAAAGGAUUAAACCAGCUGAAGCCACUGAUCCACAUUGUAGGACGAUUGUGGUAAGAUCUUCAUUGUAGCACGAUUGUGGUAAAAUCUUCAUUGUAGCACGAUUGUGGUAAGAUCUUCACUGUAGUACGAUGGUGGUAAGAUCUUCAUUUUAGCACGAUUGUGGUAAGAUCAUCAUUGUAGUACGAUGGUGGUAGGAUCUUCAUUGCUGCACGAUUGUGGUAAGAUCUUCAUUGUAGUACGAUGAUGGUAGGAUCUUCAUUGUAGUACGAUUGUGCUAAGAUCUUCACUGUAUCACGAUUGUGGUAAGAUAUUCAUUGUAGUACGAUUGUGGUAAGGUCUACAUUGUAGUAUGAUGGUGGUAAGUUGAUGACAUUGAUCAACAUUGUAAGACGAUUGUGGUAAGAUCUUCAUUGUAGCACGUUUGUGGUAAAUCUUCAUUGUUUUACGAUGGUGGAAAGAUCUUCAUUGUAGUACGAUGGUGGUAGGAUCUUCAUUGUAGCACGAUUGUGGUAAGAUCUUCAUUGUAGUACGAUUGUGGUAAGAUCUUCAUUGUAGUACGAUUGUGGUAAGAUCUUCAUUAUAGUACGAUUGUGGUAGGAUCUUCAUUGUAGCAAGAUUGUGGUAAGAUCUUCAUUGUAGCACGAUGGUGGUAGGAUCUUCAUUGUAGCACGAUUGUGGUAAGAUCUUCAUUGUAGUACGAUUGUGGUAAGAUCUUCAUUGUAGUACGAUUGUGGUAAGAUCUUCAUUGUAGUACGAUUGUGGUAAGAACUUCAUUGUAGCACGAAUUGUGGUAAGAUCUUCAUUGUAGUACAAUUAUGGUAAGAUCUUCAUUGAGGUACGAUUGUGGUAAGAUCUUCAUUGUAGCACGAUUGAGGUAAGAUCUUCAUUGUAGCACGAUUGUGGUAAGAUCUUCAUUUUAGCAUGCUUGUGGUAAGAUCUUCAUUGUAGUACGAUUGUGGUUAAAUCUUCAUUGUUACACGAUUGUGGUAAGAUCUUCAUUGUAGCACGCUUGUGGUAAGAUCUUCAUUGUAGCACGAUUGUGGUAAGAUCGUCAUUGUAGCACGAUUGUGGUAAGAUCUUCAUUGUAGCACGAUUGUGGUAAGAUCGUCAUUGUAGCACGAUGGUGGUAAGAUCGUCAUUGUAGCACGAUGGUGGUAAGAUCUUCAUUGUAGUACGAUUGUGGUAAGAUCUUCAUUGUAGUACGAUAGUGGUAAGAUCUUCUUUGUAGUACGAUUGUGGUAAGAUCUUCAUUGUAGUACGAUAGUGGUAAGAUCUUCAUUGUAACACGAUUGUGGUUAGAUCUUCAUUGUAGUAUGAUUGUGGUAAGAUCUUCAUUGUAGUACAAUUAUGGUAAGAUCUUCAUUGAGGUACGAUUGUGGUAAGCCGAUGACAUUGAUCUUCUAUGUAGCGCGAUUGUGGUAAGUUCCUGACAUAGAUCUGCAUUGAAAUACGAUUGUGGUAAGUUGAUGACAUAUUUAGACUACAUUGUUAUAUGGCUGUGGGAAGCUGAUGACAUUUAUUUAAUUGUAGUAUGACUGGUAAGCUGAUGACAUAGAUCUACAUUAUAGUACGAUCGAGGUAAGCUGGUGAGAUUUAUAUUGUAGUAUGACAGGUAAGCUGGUGAGAUGUAUAUUGUAGUAUGACAGGUAAGCUAAUGAGAUUUAUAUUGUAGUAUGACAGGUAAGCUGAUGAGAUUUAUAUUGUAGUUUGACAGGUAAGCUGAUGAGAUUUAUAUUGUAGUAUGACUGGUAAGCUGGUGACAUUGGUCUACAUUGUGUAAUAUGAUUGUGAUAAGCUGGUGACAUUGGUCUACAUUGUGUAAUAUGAAUGUGGUAAGCUGAUGACAUCGAAUCUUAUCAGAUACCAUGCUGUUUGUUACUACUUAGUUGAAACAGUUACCGUAUAUCGUUUUUUUAGCGAGUGUCUAAUUUCCGCUAUUUUCCAGACUCCCUUGUAUGGGUGUUGUCAUAAACUGAUCACCUGUUUACACAUGCCAUGUACAGGUGUACUUAACUAGCCGUGACUCGACUGAACUGCUUUAUUAAAUAAAAUGUACUCACAGUUGA